UGGGAUAGGAGAGAAAGAGAAGAAGAACAGGACUUUUGGGAUAGGAGAGAAAGAGAAGAAGAACAGGACUUUUGGGAUAGGAGAGAAAGAGAAGAAGAACAGGACUUUUGGGAUAGGAUAGAAAGAGAAGAAGAACAAGACUUUUGGGAUAGGAGAGAAAGAGAAGAACAGGACUUUUGGGAUAGGAGAGAAAGAGAAGAAGAACAAGACUUUUGGGAUAGGAGAGAAAGAGAAGGAGAGAAGAUGGGGAGGAAAAAGAUCCAGAUAGCACGGAUUAUGGAUGAACGUAACAGACAGGUGACAUUCACCAAGCGGAAGUUUGGCCUGAUGAAGAAGGCGUAUGAGCUGAGUGUUCUGUGUGACUGUGAGAUCGCCCUCAUCAUCUUCAACAGCACCAAUAAAUUGUUCCAGUAUGCCAGCACUGACAUGGACAAGGUCCUGCUCAAAUACACAGAGUACAACGAACCUCACGAGAGCAGGACUAACUCAGACAUCGUGGAAACUCUGCGUAAGAAGGGUCUAAAUGGUUGUGACAGUCCUGACAUCGAGGCAGACGACUCUGCUGGUCAGAGCCCCGAGUCAGAGGACAAAUACCGCAAAAUCAAUGAAGACAUUGACCUCCUGAUCAGCAGACAGAGACUCUGUCAGGCUCUCCCCCCGCCUAACUACGACAUGGUUGGCUCCAUCCAGGGCCAAAACAACAGUGGACUACUAUACUCUCACCCUGGGGUGGGGGGAUCCUUGUAUAACCACAGUCUUCCGCCUCUUUGCCAAACACACUCUGGCCUGCAGAGGAACAGCAUGUCGCCUGGACCCCAACACACACACCAACCCCCCAGUGCUGGAAACUCAGGAGGGAUGAUGGGUUCAGAGCUGUCUAACAGCGUCUCCAACGCUGGUAGUGGUAACUAUGGUAACCACCGUACCUCACCGGGGCUGUUAUCUCCAGGAGGUAUGGCCAACACUUCGCCCCCGAUGAUUCAGGCCAAGACUUCGCCCCCGAUGAACUCCAUGACACUGAUUGGCAACCGCAAGCCGGACCUCCGCACGCUGCUACCCCCUGGCAACAAGAACAACAUGCCCUCCAUCAACCAGAGAAUAAACCACUCCCAGUCUGCCCAGACAUUGGCUACCCCCGUGGUCUCCAUAGCAACACCUACUCUGCCCGGGCAGGGUAUGAUAGGGUACCCCUCUGCCCUCUCCACCUCAUAUGACACAGUAGAGUACUCUCUGGGUGACCUGUCAGGGUUGGGUAACAGAUCAGGAUCUCUCCACCUGGGUUCAGUAACAGGCUGGCAGCAACAACCGCUACAGAAUAUACAGCACUCAGCACUGGGACACAUGGGAAACAUUUGUCAGAACUCCAACCUUAACCUCCAGAAUGUCCAUCAGAACCUCUACAUCAAGUCAGAGCCCACCUCCCCGCCCAGAGAUCGAGGCAUCGGAUUUGUCAACGGAGGGAUGGGGGGUGUGUCCCAUGGCUACCCAACAAAUCAGGGCCCGGCGGAGGCAGGGCAGUCUCCUGGCGACAGCCUAUCCAGCUGUGGCAGCUCAUACGAUGGCAGUGAUCGCGAGGAUCACCGCGGAAAUGACAACUUCCUGCUACACCCAAUGUCCAAUCAUGGGCGCCACAGCCCGUCCCUCAAACGAAUGCGCCUAUCAAAAUGCUGGGCUACAUGAUAAGGCAUGCCUCUUAUUCACAGAGGGGGAGGGGCUUGUGUAGAGUUACGUUUAGUGUUAUGACUAUUAUUAAGCUUGUGUCCAAAAUGGCACCCUUUUCCCUACUUAGUGCUCUUGCCAAAAGUAGUGCACUUUAUAGGGAAUAGUGUGCGAUUUCAGAUUUGCCCUAUAUUCUUCUUUUGCAGAGUGAGAGUGUUCCACUAUAACAGGGACAUUAUAUACAGGAGUGUGGAGGGAAUAUAAGUGACAGACUGGGUCUGAAAUGGAACCCUAUUGCCCACGUAGUGCACUAACUAUGGGGAAAUAGGGAGUGAUUUGAGAUAACCAGUGAUAUUAUACAGGAGUGAGGGUGGAUAUGGUGUGGGGGUGUCGGUGUGGGAGGUCUGUUGCCUGUGUUGUGUAUUUGUGGGAGAGAGAGGGAAUCAGUAAAUUAAUAUGUACACUAUGUAAACUAACUAACAAAGGUUGAAGAAGUCUGGUACUCUUUAUGGAUAAGAUACUGGUGAGUCACUAAUAUACUAGGAGACACAAGGACAGACACUGUGAGUGGACACGUCAGGGUGUGUGUGUGUGUGUGUGUGUGUGUGUGCGUGCGUGCGUGCGUGCGUGCGUGCGUGCGUGCGUGCGUGCGUGCGUGCGUGCGCGCGUGCGCGCGUGCGUGCGCGCACGUGCGCGCUCGCUCGCUACCUUGGCUCUGAUGUCCCAAUCUGCAGCUGGCUGACUAGCAGACAGAGUGAGUGUUCACUACAACCCAUUCAUGUUGCCGGUUCAACAUAUUUAUGUGUAUAUAUAAAUGAAGAACAAGGGAGGAUUUGGCAGACAGAGAGAGAAAAUGAAAGGGAUAGAGAGAUAGACAGAAGGGAGGGAAAGACUGAUGGAGAAAGGAAGAGAGCGAUAGAAAGAGACAGAGAAAAAGGACAACGAUGGGGGGAGAGGGAAGAAGGAGAGGGUGAAAGCCAUUAUGCAACAGGUUGCACAAAGCUGGAACUAUAGAAUAAUAGUGAUUGAUCGAUCAAGAAGUCAUUCUAAUAUUCUAAUUAUACAGCUGGAACCCUGGACAACUAGAAUGUCUCACUUGAAAUGAAGGCGCCUAGGAAUUGUAGUUCAACUCAGUCAGAAUACUUUUUAAGAGCCAUAUGCUAACAAAUACUAUCUGAGUCAUAUACACUACAGUGCUACUCAUUCAGAUGGAGAGAAAGAGAGACUGUUUUACCAGCCAGAUAGACAGAGCCACAGGGAGGAGGUGGUGUGAGUUAAAACAGAACUCCCAAAGCCAUAUUAUUAUAAAAUGGGAAGUCAAAGCUUUGCUGCACAAACAAGUGGUUUCUCUUUAUAGUAUUUUGAAAAUAUUUUGAAAAUCAAAACUAUGAAAUAACAUAUAGAAUCAUGUAGUAACCAAAAAAGUGUUAAACAAAUCAAAAUCGAUUUUAUAUUUGAGAUUCUUCAAAUAGCCACCCGUUGCCUUGAUGACAGCUUUGCACACUCUUGGCAUUCUCUCAACCAGCUUCAUGAGGUAGUCACCUGGAAUGCAUUUCAAUUAACAGAUGUGCCUUGGUAAAAGUUAAUUUGUGGAAUUUCCUUCUUAAUGUGUUUGAGCCAAUCAUUUGUGUUGUGACAAGGUAGGGGGGUAUACACAAGAUAGCCCCAUUUGGUAAACAACCAAGUCCAUAUUAUGGCAAGAACAGCUCAAAUAAGCAAAGAGAAAUGGCAGUCCGUCAUUACUUUAAGACAUGAAGGUCAGUCAAUAAGGAACAUUUCAAUAACUUUGAAAGUUUCUUCAAGUGCAGUCGCAAAAACCAUCAUGAUGAAACAGACUUUCAUAAGGACUGCCACAGGAAAGAAGACCCAGAGUUACCUUUGCUGCAGAGGAUAAGUUCAUUGGAGUUACCAGACUCUGCAGCCCAUAUAAAUGCUUCACAGAGGUCAAGUAACAGACUCAUCUCAACACCAACUGUUCAGAGGAGACUGUGUGAAUCAGACCUUCAUGGUUGAUUUGCUGCAAAGAAAACGCUACGAAUGGACACCAAAAAUAAGAAGAGACUUGCUUGGGCCAAGAAACACAAGCAAUGGACAUUAGACUAGUGGAAAUUUGUCCUUUGGUCUGGAGUUCAAAUUGAAGAUGUUUGGUUCCAACCGCCAUGUCUUUGUGAGACGCAGUGUGGGUGAACAGACGAUCUCCGCAUGUGUAUUUCCCACCGUAAAGCAUGGAGGAGGUGUUAUGGUGUGGGGGUGCUUUGCUGGUGACACUAUCUGUGAUUUAUUUAGAAUUCAAGGCACACUUAACCAGCAUGGCUACCACAGCAUUCUGCAGCGAUACGCUAUCCCAUCUGGUUUGCUUAGUGGGACUAUUAUUUGUUUUUCAACAGGACAAUGACCCAACACACCUCCAGGCUGUGUAAGGGCUAUUUGACCAAGAAGGAGAGUGAUGGAGUGCUGUAUCAGAUGAUCUGGCCUCCACAAUCUCCCAACCUCAACCAAAUUAGAGAUGGUUUGGGAUGAGUUGGACCUCAGAGUGAAGGAAAAGCAGGUAACAAGUGCUCAGCAUAUGUGGGAACUCCUUCAAGACUGUUGGAAAAGCAUUCCAGGUGAAACUGGUUGAGAGAAUGCCAAGAGUGUGAAAAGCUGUCAUCAAGGCAAAGGGUGGCUACUUUGAAGAAUAUAAAAUCUAAAAUAUAUUUUAAUUUGUUUUGCACUUUUUUGGUUACUACAUGAUUCCAUAUAUGCUAUUUCAUAGUUUUGAUGUCUUCACUAUUAUUCUACAAUGUAGAAAAUAGUAAAAAAUUAAGAAAAACUCUUGAAUGAGUAGGUGUUCCAAAGCUUUGGACCGGUAGUGUAUAUUUCUACCUAGUUCUAUCAAAUAAUUAACCCAAUAAUUAACCCACAUCUGUGAAAUUAAGGAUGGCUAUAGUUCUUGAAAAUGUACUUAAAAUAAUGUGAACACUGUUAAAAUAUAGAUAAAACCUUGUUUUUGUCUUCAUAUUGUGGGUUAUUAUGUAGCUAUGUGCAGGUGCACAUAUUUUCUAUCAAUCUCAAACAUUUAGGAAAAUGUUUAGUUAAAGCUUCUCAACCUGCCACUGAUGUUAGCCUAAUAGCACAUUCUUAAGGAAGGGUUGCUUCAAAACCCAGAUGAAGUCACUCCUUGAUUAAAAAGCAUUCUCAAUGUAGAAUCUCCAUUGGAAGUGUGUGUUAGUUCAGGAAUAGGCCUAAUCUGGGUCUGGGAGAUCUAAGACUGUAGAGUCAGCGUGUAUAGACAGAGCAGAAGCUGGACGGCUGCCUCUCUUCCCGACAGACAGUUUUAUAUUAUGUCAGAUAUUAUUACUGAGAAGACAUAAGAAACCCACCUAGAAGCACAACUUCUGACUUUGAAAGUCACCUUUGUUCUAUGUUGCCAGGUUGCAAUACAAUACAAUACUGAUUGAUGAUAUCAGUAGACUACAAGAGGGCAGAGCCCCACAACAGGUUAUAGACUAACCAACAGCCUGAGGCUAUUCUACUCACCUAGCUCAUCAGAGCUACAGUAUUGUUUUCAUUCUAUUUUAUUUUUCUUCAUCAUCAAAAUUGUCUGUAAUGUAAAAAUCUGCAAUUUACCUGUACCUCAGAUUUACCACACCCAUUAUCAUAGUUUGAAUAGGAUUCUGAGAAUGUUGUAUAAUGUCAUGUUUUGUAUCAGUUUUAUCAACAGAAUAAAGCCUUUUCGUCUCAAUAA